UUUAAUUUGUUUUUUUUUUGUUUUGGACAAACAUAUCUGUGAAUUUUUUCUGUGCCUUAAUGAAAUAAUGUAAAUUCAGUAUUUUUUUUUGUUUGUUUGUUGUGAAUAUCACUGACAUAUCAAAGAAAUGACAGCCAAAGAUUCAAAUCGAUUGGAAAUGAAUCCAAUGAUGACCAUCAAUGAUGAUUUGAUAAUUGAUAAUAAUCGAAAAAAUAUUAAUAAAGAAUUAGAACAUAUUAUUCAUCGUUUAGAACAAGGAACAAUAUUAACACAUUUUAAACGUAAAUGUCCAAAAAUUGAACGAAAAUAUUUUCGUCUACGAUUAGAUACACGACAAUUAUUAUGGUUUGAAUUAUCAUCCAAUCAAAAUGGUCCAUCAUCAUUGAUUCGUGGCAUUUUAGAUUUACGUGAUAUCAAAGAAAUUCGUUUAGGUUUAGCCAAAAUAUUCGAUAAUAAUGAUCAAUCAAUUUUGGAUUUAACAUCAUCAACAACAAAUGGUAGUAAUGAUAUUGUACGAAAAUGGGAACGAAAUCAAUGUUUUGUCAUUUAUUAUGGUUCGGGUUUUAAUUUGAAAACAUUAACAUGUGCUGCUGCAUCAUCCAUCGAAUGUGAACAAUGGAUUCGUGGUAUAAGAUUUUUAAUCAAUGAUUCAUUAAAUGCACCACAUGAACAACAAAUGGAUAUUUGGUUACGUAAAGAAAUUAGCAACACUGCAGAUACUAAUGAUCAAACAUCAUAUGAUGAAAUCAAAAUAAAAGAUCUUAAAUCAUUUUUACAUCGAAAUAGUUAUAAAAUAUCAUCACAACAAUUAAAGAAAUUUUUUUUAGAACUUGAUAUUAAUCGUUCAGGAUCAUUAUCAUGGCAAAAAUUUCGUCAAGCAUUUUAUGAACGUCUGUUGUUUGAUGAAAGAAUUUUAACGGAAUUAUUUAUCGAUUAUUUUGAGCAACCAGAAGAUGGUGAUGUUAAGACAAAAAACGACGAUUACAUUCAGUUAAAAAUCAAUGCUGAUAAUCUUUAUCGUUUUCUGAUUGAAGAACAACAUUCAUACGAUGAUGUUAACAAUGAUAAUGAUAAUCGAUUAAUCAAAACACUGUUACGUUCAUAUUUUUAUGAAAAUAAUAAUAAUUUACGUUUACAGAAUCCAUAUUUAAAUGCACAAGAAUUUAUUAGUUUUUUAUUCUGUAAAACAAAUGAACUAUGGGAUCAACAAAAACAUUCAAUAAUAACCGAUGAUAUGAAUCAACCAUUAACACAUUAUUGGAUUGCUUCAUCACAUAAUACUUAUUUGACUGGUGAUCAAGUUCGUUCAGAAAGUUCAAUUGAUUGUUAUGCACGUGCAUUACGUAUAGGUUGUCGUUGUAUUGAAAUUGAUUGUUGGGAUGGACCGGAUGGUAAACCUGUGAUAUAUCAUGGUCAUACAUUGACAUCAAAAAUUCGUUUUAUUGAUGUUAUUCAAACAAUCAAUGAACAUGCAUUCAUUACAAAUGAAUAUCCAAUAAUUUUAUCAAUUGAAAAUCAUUGUUCAUUACCACAACAGCGUUAUAUGGCAAAUAUUUUUCUUGAAAUAUUUGGUAAUAAACUUGUUACUGAACCAUUGGAUAAAAAUGGUCGUGAAAUGCCUUCACCAAAUCAAUUAAAACGAAAAAUUAUAAUUAAACAUAAAAAAUUACCCGAAUCAUCGACAAAUUUAGAUUCAACAUCGACGACAACAGCAACGAAUUCUAUUGAAACUACCAUUUCCACCGAUUUUGAUCCAACUAAUUCAAUCAAAAGUGGUAGACUUUAUAUUGAAUGUGAUAAUCCGGAUGAUGGAUUGAAAAAAUGGCGUCCAUUUUAUUUUAUACUUACACCGGCAAAUGUAUUACAUUAUUUUGAAGAAAAUUCAAUUACUAAUCAUGUUACAACGGGAAAUUUGAUCGAUUUAAAUUCUGGCGAUGAUGAUGAUAAUUUGAAUGAUAAUGAUGACGAUGAACAACCAUUAUUAUUACGGAAGAAUCAUGAACAUUAUGAUUAUCUAGUUGCAUUUGAUGGUCAAAAUAAUCAUGGUUAUUUAGCACAACUUUCAGUGGCUAAAUUAAAAUCACCCAGUGUUGAUGAAUUACAUUUUGAUGAAACAUGGUUUCAUGGUCAUUUACCUGGUGGUCGUCAACAAGCUGAACAAUUAAUUCAUUCAAUACAAACAAAAAUUGAUGGAUUAUUUUUAGUUCGUGAUUCAAGUACAUUUAUUGGUGAUUAUUCUCUAUCAUUUUUGUAUGAUGGUAAAGUACAUCAUUGUCGUAUUAAACAGAAACGUUUUGCAUAUGGAAAAGUAAAAUAUUAUCUAAUCGAAACGGUUAUGUUUGAAACACUUUAUUAUUUAGUUACUUAUUAUCAAUCAAAUCCAUUAAAAUCACCCGAAAUGACAGUAUUUUUAUCGGAACCAGUACCGCCAUCUAUUUCUUGUGAUGAUAAAGAAUGGUUUAAUCCAAAAAUUUGUAAAAUUGAUGCCGAAAAUUUAUUACAACGUGUAUGGUUUGAUGGUGCAUUUUUGGUACGUCGUAGUAGUGAACAAGAAGAUGGUAAAACAUUUUCCAUUUCGUUUCGUGCUGAAGGUAAAAUUAAACAUUGUCGUAUACGACGUGAAGGUCGUUUAUUUGUUAUUCAUCGAAAAAAAUUUGAAACACUUAGCCAUUUGAUUGCAUAUUAUCACCGUACACCAUUAUAUAAAAAUACUAUGCUUAAAAAAGCAAUAAAUCCGGAUAUUGUAAAGAAAAUUGGUCAUGAACCAUGUGAAACAGAAACCGGUUAUUUAGAUACAUUCCAAACAACCAUUCCAUCAUUUGAUGAUGAUAAUAAUCAAUUGAUCAAUAAUAAUCAUAAUAAUAAUAAUAAUCGACCAUUAAUAGUAAAAGCACUUUAUGAUUAUCAAGCACAACGUUUUGAUGAAUUAUCAUUUUGUAAACAUGCAAUUAUAACUAAUGUUUUAAAACAUGAAAGUGGUUGGUGGCGUGGUGAUUAUGGUGGUAAAAAACAACAUUGGUUUCCGGCAAAUUUUGUACAAGAAAUUGUUCAAUGUAAUAAUUUGGUUGAUCAUCAACGACCAACAUCAUUAACUAUCAAUGAUGAUAAUGGUAAUUAUCAACCAAUAACCAAGGGAUCAAUCCAUUUGAUUGGAGCAAAUAUUACAUCCAUAUCACAACAACAACAACAAGAAUCUCCUGUUUCAAAUUAUUUUCGAAUCGAUUUUUGUGAAUCAUCAUUGAAAAUUGGUAGUGAUAAUGAACAAGAAUUGAAUGAUUGGAUAAAAAAAUUACAAGAAAUUUCUAUUGCUAAUCGUAAAUCAUCUACCAAUGAUUAUGUAAUUGAAAAAAAUUUUCGUUUAGCACAUGAAUUAUCUGAUUUAAUAAUUUAUUGUCGUUCAGUACCAUUUGUACCGGAACGUAUUGGUAAUUAUACUGAAAUGAGUUCAUUAUCCGAAACAAAAAUUGAAAAAUGGUUAACACCGAACAUGUGCAAAACACUUUUGGCUUAUAAUAAAAAUCAAUUUACACGUGUUUAUCCAAAAGGUAGUCGUAUUGAUUCAUCAAAUUAUGAUCCAAUCAAAUUAUGGAAUUGUUCAAUACAAUUAGCUGCUUUAAAUUAUCAAACACCUGAUCGUUCAAUGCAAUUAAAUCAGGCAAAAUUUCAAUUAAUGAAUGGUGGUUGUGGUUAUAUUCUACGACCGGAAUUUAUGUUUCAAUCAACAUUUACACCAUAUGAUCCAAAUUGUUUAUCAAAAUUAUCUGUCGAUACAUGGAUCAUUAGUGUACGUAUAAUAUGUGCAAGACAUUUAACAAAAAAAUCUCGUGGUCGUGGUGGUGGUGUUAUUAGUCCAUUGAUUGAAGUUGAAAUAAUUGGUACUGAUUAUGAUUCGGCUAAAUGUAAAACAAUCACUAUAAAUGAUAAUGGCCUAAAUCCAUAUUGGAAUCAAUCAUUUGUAUUUUCUGUUCGUUGUCCACAAUUAUCAUUCAUACGUUUUAUUGUUUGUGAUGAAGAUGUAUUUGGUGAACCAACACAAAUUGGUCAUAAUACAUAUCCAUUAAUGGCCAUACGUCAAGGUUAUCGUUGUGUACGUAUUAAAAAUGAAUAUUCGGAAGAAUUAGAAAUGGCUGCCAUUUUAGUACAUAUCAAAAUCGAUAUACUUUCCACUAAUACAAAUAAAAAAAAGACCGUCCAUCAAAAUCAAAAUAAAUAAAUGAAGAAGAAUGAAGGGUUAAUUGCCUUUAUUUUUGUUAUCGAAAAAAAGUAUUGAAUAAAAUAAAGUAAACUAUAUCUUAACCAGUUA